AUGCUAUACGAGUUGAUUGCCGUGGUCCGGCCGGGCAACAUCGCCCAUGUCAAAGAGAUUGCCCGAGUCACAGGCCAGCAGAUUCUUGACAACAGAGGCGUGAUACGCGGCAUUAAGAACUGGGGACAAUUUGACCUGCCCCGACCGACCACGAAACAUCAAACCCAGCAUCACCAAGGCCACUACUUCGUCAUGCAAUUUGAUGGUUCAGUGAAGGUUCAACAAGAGGUCCGACGACUACUCGGUCUCGAUCCGCGAAUGAUUCGAUACUCUAUGGUGAAGAUUGGUGAUAAGCUCGGCGGCGUCAAUGGCGCGAUUGAAGAGGUGGAUGGAGAUAUACCCUGGAACUCUGGCGGAGGCAAAGACGUUCUCUCUUUCGCAGACACGUUCGACAAUCCAAGGGUGGCAAGAUAG